ACAAACUUUCUUCUUCCUCUCAUCAAUAUCAUUGUCACUCCUCUUGCCGGCACCGCCACCACCACCACCCCUCUCCCACAAUCGGCUGGCGCCGUAAGCUUGUUUUCAUACACUACUAAAAAAACAGUGAUUUUCGGACGGAAUUUUCAGACGGAUACGAUUUUGUCUGAUUUUUUUGGACGGAUUUGGGACGGUUUUAACGGAGCGAAAUUUUCGUCCCAAAAUCGUGUGAAAAAUUUAUGACAUGUUCAAACAUGGUUUUUUCCCACGAAUUUCGCACGAAUUUCCUUAAAAAAACAAAUCCGUUCCAAAACCGUGUGAAACAUUGAGACGGAUUUCAGACGGAAUUAAAGGUUUUUAUUUCAUUUUUAUUAACUGUGAAAUUUUCAUGUCCCGCCUGUACUCCUAAAAUUUCCCUCUCGUGUACUGCUCUCUCUCAUAACCAAUCUCACUCUUUCUAACCCUAAAAUCAAUUUCACAAUCAAUUUAGGAAGCUCUUCAAUCAAUUUCUUCCAAAAACCAGUUUUAAGAUUUCUCAAGCUCUUCAAUCAAUUUCUCAAGCGGUUUAAGUUUGGAUUCUCUUCUCUUCAGAUUUGAGGAUUCUCAGUUUCAAGCUUUUCAAGAGUAUGGGAAUUCCAGAACAUCGAAAAUGGAUGUAUAAAAGACUUCUUCCCAAUCGGGCAGGAAUGAAAACUGAAUUUGUUAGUGGUGUUAAUAAUUUUAUAGAACAAGCAAUUAGGCAACCUGAGUUUACAGAUAAUGGGGGUAAGCUUAGGUGUCCUUGUAGUAAACAUAGAAACAUAGAUUUCUUAACUCCAGGUGAGGUUACCCUUGAUUUGUAUAAGCAUGGUUUCCAGCCAAGCUAUUGGUGUUGGGAUUCUCACGGGGAAAGUUCUUUAAGCUCAAGUAGUAGAAAUGCAAAUAAUGUGAACAGAGAAAGCACUUGCAACCAACCGUCAAGUUUUGAGUCACAAAGAAAUACCUAUGAGGCUAUGAUUGUUGAUGCUAUUAGGCCAGAAAAUUUGGACCAAUUUGAGCCACAGCCGGAGGAACCUCCAAACAGGGAAGCCAAACUCUUUUAUGAUUUGUUACAAUCUGCGCAGCGACCAUUGUGGGAGGGUUGUGAUACCCACUCGGAAUUAUCAAUGGCGGUUGAACUAUUGACUAUUAAAUCUAAGGGGAAUAUGUCUCAAAAAAGUUUUGAUAAGCUACUAAAAACUAUGAAGAAGGGUAUGCCUAAGGAUAAUUGUCUCGUCCCUAAUUUCUACUAUGCAAAGAAGUUGGUAUCAAAGCUUGGAAUGGAAAGUAAAGUAAUAGAUUGUUGCAUCAACGGUUGUAUGUUGUACUACAAAGACUACGAAAUGGCAAAAGAAUGUCGGUUCUGCCAUGCUCCAAGGUAUAGGGUAGGUAAAGGGGGUAAAGAGUUAGCUUUAAAGAGUAUGCAUUAUCUACCGAUCACACCAAGGUUAAAGAGACUAUACGCGUCAGCAAAUUCUGCACGCCAUAUGAGAUGGCAUUAUGAGCACCAACAAGUUGAGGGUGUCCUUGAACAUCCUUCUGAUGCAGAAGCAUGGAAGCAUUUUGAUCAAAAGUAUCCAGAAUUUGCUUCUGAAUCACGCAACGUAAGACUUGGAUUAUGUUCUGAUGGAUUUACUCCUUUUGGUUAAUCCGCUUCUCCAUAUUCAUGUUGGCCUGUAAUAGUGACUCCAUACAACCUCCCUCCAUGGAUGUGUAUGUCUACUCCUUAUUUGUUUUUGACAAUGAUCAUUCCCGGCCGUAGUAAUCCCAAAAGUAAGAUAGAUGUGUAUUUACAGCCGUUGAUUGAUGAGUUAAAGUCAUUGUGGGACGAGGGUGCUUUAACCUAUGAUGUUUCCAAAAAACAAAAUUUCGUAAUGAGAGCUGCUUUAAUGUGGACAAUUAAUGAUUUUCCCACAUAUGGAAUGUUGUCAGGAUGGAUGACAGCCGGAAAAAUGGCAUGUCCUUGUUGUAUGAAUCACACAAAAGCAUUCCGAUUGGAGAAUGGUGGUAAGUCAUCAUGGUUUGACUGUCAAAGAAAAUUCUUGCCAAGUGAUCACCCAUUUAGAAGAAAUAAGGAUGGCUUUUAUAAGAAUAGGGUUGUGAGAUCAGAACCGCCUCCUAGGUUGACCGGCGAACAAGUAUGGAAUGAAGUUCAGACAAUGCCAACGAUAAUGGACAAUAUUGAUGAAGUUCGAAUUCCAGGUUAUGGAGAUAAACAUAAUUGGAAAAAACGAAGCAUUUUUUGGGAAUUGCCUUAUUGGAGCACUAACUUGAUUCGACACAAUCUUGAUGUCAUGCAUAUUGAGAAAAAUGUAUUUGAUAAUGUGUUUAAUACUGUUUAAUACAUAUUGAGAAAAAUGAGCAUUUGUUUACUCUUGAAUUAUUAUUUAUUUUUAUUUGAUUUAGUAUGUAUUAUUGAAUAUCAAUUUUACAUAUUGGAAUUUAUCCCACACUCAUUAAAAAAA